GAAAACAGACGGGGCUGGCAAGUUUAUUGACACAUACAAAAUGUCGAUAUUUACACCCACAAAUCAAAUUCGGCUGACGAACGUGGCCGUCGUUAGAAUGAAAAAGGGAGGGAAACGAUUUGAAAUAGCAUGUUACAAGAAUAAAGUAAUGAGCUGGAGAUCGGGGGCGGAGAAAGACCUUGAUGAAGUACUUCAGACACAUACGGUGUUUACAAAUGUGUCAAAGGGCCAAGUUGCAAAAAAAGACGAUCUGUCCAAAUCCUUUGGGACAGAUGACUUAACUGAUAUUUGCAAACAGAUUUUAGCCAAGGGAGAACUUCAGGUGUCUGAUAAGGAGCGACAGACUCAGCUGGAGCAGAUGUUCCGUGACAUUGCCACGAUCGUGGCAGAGAAAUGUGUGAAUCCAGAAACAAAGCGCCCGUACACUGUCAGCCUAAUAGAGAGAGCCAUGAAGGAUAUUCACUACUCUGUUAAAGCCAAUAAGAGCACAAAACAACAGGCACUUGACGUGAUCAGGCAACUAAAGGAGUCCAUACAGAUUCAGAGAGCUCAUAUGCGGCUUCGAUUCGUCCUGCCGGCCAAGGAUGGGAAGAGGCUGAAGGAGAAACUCAGACCUCUUUUAAAGGUGGUGGAGAGCGAAGACUUCGACGAGCAGCUGGAAAUGGUCUGCCUGAUAGAUCCAGGCUGUUUUCGGGAGCUUGAUGAGCUGAUCCGCUGCGAAACAAAAGGCAAAGGAUCUGUGGAGGUGCUCAGCCUGAAGGAUGUGGAAGAAGGGGACGAGAGACUCGAGUAAGCCCAGCUGACUGCCUGCAAGCGACUUGCCCACCACACUAACUCUACCGCUUAAAGUCUUUUUGCUUUUAUUCUGUAUUGAAAUGUGUUUGUUAGUUUGUAUCACGUAAAAUAUAACAGCACGUCCAGCAACAUUUGCUGAAGUUUCUAGCUUGCAGGUGCUUCUACUUCUGUCCGUUUCAAGCUGUACAAAAAGCUUGAGUGGAAAAGGAUGUAGUUUUUCCAAGGAAUAAUCCAACUGAAAUCACAAAGAAGGGUUUAUUUUCUGUGAAAAUUUAAGUGAUUUGCAUGGUCAACUGCAUGAUAGGCAGUGGACUGAUUUACUGAAAUAAAUAUGAGUGCAUUUGAAAUGACAUUGUAGAUAAUGAUUACCUUGGGUAAUGAUGAGAACAUAUUUUGUCUAUCUUUAAAUGUGUGCCACCAUAUCUAACUCUUAGCAAUGCAAGUUCUGCUACUAAGGUAAAGUGCAAAAUUGGCAUGUUUUUGGGGGGAAAAAAGUGCAAAUAAAACAUGAAACGUGGUCCA